UGCUUUCAGGAAAAGACAGCGACUGAACAGCAGCUGAGAGGUUUAUUGAAGGAUAUCGUGAAUAGCGGCUGCUGAAAGAAACGUAGACAUGGACGGGCUAGGAACCCGGCAGUCGUCGCCGUGGCAGAGCAAGACCUUUGGGACUUCGCUCUCUCUUCAUCUCGACCGUCCCGUGAAUGCAAUGUCCAUAUCUCCUUCUGGAAGGGAUGUUGUUCUUGCCUCCCGAGCCGGACUUUACAUUGUCGACCUCGACGAUCCAUACCUACCUCCCCGCUUCAUCCGACACACGACACCCUGGGAAGUAGCCGACGUGCAGUGGUCUCCUCACGCCGCGAAAUCCAGCUGGGUGAUCUCGACCUCCAACCAAAAAGCCAUGGUCUGGAACCUCGCUCUUCCCUCGACGGCCGCGAUCGAGCGUGUGCUGCAUGCCCACACACGAGCCAUAACCGAUAUCAACUUCCACUCAUUCGACCCCGAGCUCCUAGCGACCUGUGCUGUUGAUGCAUUUGUGCAUGUAUGGGACAUGCGUGCGCCCGCAAAGCCGAUUCAGAGUUUCUGCGACUGGCGCGCGAGCGCAACACAAGUGAAAUGGAACAGACAGAAUCCGCACGUCGUUGCCUCGUCGCACGAUCGCUUCGUGCGGAUUUGGGACGACCGGUUUGGCGCACGGCCUUUGCGAUCGAUAAACGCGCACUCUACAAAGAUCUACGGCGUGGAUUUUAACCGGUUGAAGGAGACACAGCUUAUUACAUGCUCGCUCGACAAGACGGUAAAGUACUGGGACUACAGCAAUCAGAAGGACGAGCCCGUGCGAGUGGUCAACACCGAUUUCCCGGUCUGGAAAGCACGACACACGCCAUUUGGAGACGGCUGCGUGAUCAUGCCCCAGCGCGGCGGCAAAAACGCAGUCUUCAUAAUCAGCAACAAACCUACGAACCCCCACAGCGGCGUUCCGGAUCAAAUGAACCCUGUCGAGGAACUAGUCGGCCACACUGAGCCCAUCAAAGAAUUUCUCUGGCGCACGCGCGGCGGCGAGACCGGGGUUGAUAGCCGCGAAUUCCAGCUGGUGACGUGGUCGAAAGAUCGGGACUUGAGGUUAUGGCAGAUCAGCGACCGCGCGUUUGACGGAGUGGGACAUGUCAAGAACCAGCCGCUGCGGUUCCGCAUGACGAGACUGGGUACGCCGUAUGUCAGUUUCAAUCACGAGCCAGAGACGUUUGCGGUGCCGGAGGCGAUGCCGGGGACACCGGGCACAUCUGCUUCGUUGUCGCCCUUACAGAUCCGACAGUCGUCAUCGUCCGCAGCAUCAGCAGCCGCGGCGCGCAGUGGAUCUAUCGCCCGCUCGCCAUCACAGUCACAUCACCACCACAUUCACCAUUACGGACAUCGACCGUCGACAUCGGCGCCGAAGUUCAAUAAUCCACAGAGCAGGUUUAUGACCAGGGGAGGCAAGGGCCAGGACAAGAUCUCGCAUCUGAACUGGCUUUCCGGCGUACGAAUCGGACGCGCCGCGUUUGCGAGGCCAGCGGAUGAGGAUGGCUCAGCGACUGCAGGAGUGUCUUCUAAUGCGUCACUGGCAGACGGAUCAGCCGGUAUUGGAGAUCAGGGCGCACCAGGUCAGGCGGUUGGAGCGGGAAUGGGAGCCGGUAGCCCAGAGAAUUUCGGCGAGGAGGUUAGUAUAGUUGGGCACAAGUUUCCCAAGAUUGUGUUUGAGAAGAUUGAGGUUGCAAAGGGUGAAAUCGUGGUGACGCUGAACGGACCGUGGGGGCCGGAGGGUGCGCUGGUGUUUAUCCGAUUACAAGCCUGGUUCCCGAGCGAUUAUCCAAAGAAGCAGGAGGAGGGCGAGGAGCAGGAGGCGGAGCAACCGAGGUUGGAAAUCGAGCCUAACAAGGAUAUUGCGGAAGAAGACCUGAAAAGUUUAGAAUCGCAAGUACAGGAGAUUGCGACAAAGUUGUCGGGUCGAGGGAUGUUUUGCCUGGAACCGUGUUUACGGUAUAUGAUGGGAGAAAAGUCGGUGCUGGAUGACCUAGACCGGAUCGGCGGGGAUUUGUUUGAUGUGCCGGAGUUGCUUGCGAGGGAUGAUGACGAUGAAUCAUCUUCUGACGACGAGAUUGUCAUGUCGCCUCCGAAGUAGAUAUGUACAGUAGAUGUAUUAUGUAUGUUAAAUCAGGUCAAGAUAUCAAGUCGAGGAUGUAGAGAAAAGAUGCGCCGCA